AAAAUGGCUUCAUUUAUGAAUUCAGGUGCUGAUGGCUCCAUGUUUCCUGACAUAAACUCUUCCUACAGAAAAGAGACCGUCAAUGAAAUUGGAGUACCAGUCAAGAGAUUACUUAAGCAACAAAGAAUGAGUGCUGUGGUGAGCAAUCCACAGAAUCUCAUGGGAAAUGUCUACUUGAGAGAUAAAUUUAAACUUCCUGACCCUAAUAGAGGGAAAAUACCAAGGCAAAUAGGGGGUGCUUCGAGUACUAUUAAUGCUAAGCCAGCAGGUAAGGCCUCCAGGCCUAAAAGAAUCUUACCUAAAUCCAUUAGAGAUGAUCCUGCAGCUGAUGGCCCUAAGAUUACUGAAGAUGAUCUCCAAGAUGGAAUGAUGAGCUUACUUAACAGAGGAAUGAUUCCUAAGGGAGUUGAUGUCACUCCUGCUUUUGAAAGAGGAAAGGCUCCUUUCGGGUUUGGGCGAGCUACAAUUCAUAACCAUUCUAAAAAGAUGUUAAAAUAAGCCAAAGACGCCUUCAAUAACUUACAAGAAACCUGACUCUGCUGAGAAAAACUUAUUUGGACCGGCUACUUUUAUCACUGCUGAAGAAGGCUUUGAGAACUCCUACCUAAACAACAUUCAAAAAUCGGAUGACAACCUGUUCCCGCAUCAUCAGUACGAUAAGGAGGAAGCUAAAGAAAAUGAACUUCAAAAUAUCGAGCCUGAAAAUGAAGCGAUGUCUGACAUUCAAGAAGACCAAAUACAAAUCAGGGAAGAAGAGGAAGAAUUUCAGCUCAAUGCCAAUGACAACCAGACUGCAGAAGGAGAAGGACUAUAUUCCAUGUACCAGAUCAGUAUCAAAGGAGGGAAAGUUGUAGAAACAUCUCCUGAGUAUAUGAGCUUUAAGAGAGCAAAUAUCACUAAAUGGGGUGCAGUUUCACUUGUGCUCUACCUCCUUGAGAAAAUGCUCAAUCUGUAUCACGUCCCAUAUGCCUCGAUUGACUGUCAUAGAUUAGUAGCGUUAGCUGAAGAAGAGCUCACUAGGCCAAAUCACGAAGAGCUUCUCCAAUGCUGUAUAAACAGAUCUCAAGUAGAAGAAGCUAUUAAUAACCCAGUUAAGAAAUUUAAAGGCCCAAGUGGGCCAGAUCUGGCUGCGAUAUGCGUCCAAAAGAACUGGCGUAGGUUCAAGGCUUACACAGCUUUCACUCUUUUGAAGUAUUCUAUGUCCAAAGCGACCAUCAUCCAGAGAAGAUGGAGGCUCUACCAGCUGAUGAAAAACACGAAGGCUAAAAUAAAGCAAUUCAAUGAAGAAAGUAUCAGCGAAUGGAAGAUCAUGAUGAAGGAAUUCAGAAGAAGAUGGCCAGAUGUCAAGAAGAAACGCCGAGUAGAAAUCCAUAUCAACUCAUUCUCCUUUGCAGAAGAGAAAAGACUCUCUAUGGAGAAGUUCCAGCAGAGAGAGAAUUCCCAGAUUUCAAGAAUUUUUAGUGUAAAAGACCCUAAAGUUGAUGUCAUCUAUGUGGCUCCUUUCACUCUGACCAAUGAGGUGUAUGAAUACUAUAAGAAGAUCCUUGAGCUGGGUGAAUUAGAAAAACCAGAAAAUCGCUUUCAUAUUGUUGUUCCUGAGAAUUAUGUAAAAUUUAAAGAGACGAUGUCAUUGACUCAAACACUAAUCUACUCACCGAAGGCUAUUAAGAGGAUCAAAACUCUUAUUGAAGAACGGCAGGCAUAUAUAGUCCCUGGGUUAUCAACCAAAGAGGACGUAAAACUGUCAAUCAAUUUAGGAAUCCCUAUCAUGUGUGGAGACCCAUCCAAGGUUGGAAUGUACUCUACCAAAUCUGGAGCGAAGAGGAUCUUCCAACAGGCUGAUGUUCCUAGCCCAAUCUCUGCAUACGAUAUCUAUGACAAGAGAGAAUUUGAGGUUUCUUUAUGUAAGCUCAUUGCCCAUAACUUAUACGUAAAUACAUGGAUCUUCAAAAUAGAUGACGAGUUUAACGGCAGAGGUCAUGCUGCCCUUAACGUAGACUCUAUUUAAAACUGUCAUUGAACUUAGGAAAAGAAAGUUCGAAAUCACUGAUAAUAUUAUUGAGAAUAAACUUGUUGAGGUAAUUUCAAAAUUAUUACCGAAGAAAGUCAAAAUUGCCAUGCCAUCUUUAUACAGAAACUGGGAUGAAUAUUUAGAAGCCUUCUGACAUGUUGGAGGAGUCAUUGAAGCAGCUCCUUCAUGUAAUCCUAAGCAAGUAGUCAGCCCUUCAGUCUCUUUCUUUGUUGCUCCAGAUGGAGAAAUUGACUUAAUUGGGUCUUUUGAUAGGUUCUCUGCUAAAGAAUACAUCAAUGCAGGGUGAUUUUUCCCUCAAGUGUCACUUCCAAAUAUCAAUUUAAUGACUUUAUGCAAAUCAUUAGGAGAUAUUCUUUAUGAAAAAGGAGUCAUAGGUCAUGUGACAGUGGAUCUUGUCGCUUUUCCAGACCCUACUAACCCUAAAGCUCAUCCCCUCUUCUGGGCAGUGGAUAUAAAUUGUAACCUCUCAGAUUAUGCAGCUGCUUGAUUCCAUUUCGAUCUUCUCAUGGAAGGAAGAAUAGAUAAAUUCACUGGUCAAUACUUUGUUGAAGUUCAGAAAGAUCCAGAUGAACUCGUUGAUGCAGAGGCUGCUCAUGAGUCUAAAGAUAAAACGAAUAAAAAUGAGUUCUUCGAACCUAGAAGUUUCAUGUUUUGCAAAUAUUUACACCAUCCUGGUCUUGCAACCAUCCAGUUCAAUACCUUCUUUCAUAUGUGCAGGCUUGAAAGUAUCAGCUAUGACAUGGAGAAGAGGACAGGAUCCACCUUUUGUCUCUAUGAUUGCCUCCAAGGAGGUGUUAUCGGUCUCAUAACAGUAGGAGAGCAUCGAAAAGUAACAGUCAACUACAUGGUUGAAGCUCUCAAUUUCAUCCAAAAUCAAGCAGGAGUAAUCCCAUCAAAAGCAGUAAACGAAGACUCAACGAGAGUAGAUGAGAUAAACGUGGGUGAUGUAUUCUCCCGAGUAGUAUCCCUGGUCUCUUAUUUCAAAAAGGGUGGGUACAAAUCGUCAAAUUACUACAACAAAACUCAUUAUUUCUAAACAUAUUGCUGAUCAUCAUCAA